AGGCUGGCUCUGGAGCAGUGAGGAUUGUCCUACUGCUGUUUCCUUUUAGCCCAUGCAAGAGCCCUAAACACAUUUCACUCUAGCCCUCCAGCUUGACUCAGGCAGGGAAACCCAGGAGCCUCCUCAACUUUCCCAAGGAUACUGACCGACUCCCACGUGCAGGUGUUCCUCCGCCUCCCCGGAGCAAUGCUGCUGCUGUCUCUGGUUGUGAUGCUGCUGCAGCUGGGCAGAGGCUGCUGUGGGCUCCCCUUCUACAACGGCUUCUACUACGACCACGUCAUGAACGACAAGGGCAACGGCAAUGGCAACGGCGAAGUUCACUUCAAUGGCGUGAAGCUGGUGGUGGAGACCCCGGAAGACGCCAUCUUCACCUACCGCGGCGCCAACGUCACGCUGCCCUGCCGCUACCACUAUGAGCCCAAGCUGGAGACGCCGCGCAAGAUCCGCAUCAAGUGGUCCAAGCUGCGGGAGGACAACACCAAGGAGCGGGACGUGCUGGUGGCCAUCGGGCUCAAGCACCGCAGCUUCGGCGAGUUCCGGGGCCGCGUGCACCUGCGCCAGCGGGGCGAGCAGGAGGCGUCCCUGGUGAUCAGUGACCUGCGCCUGCAGGACUACGGCAAGUACCGCUGCGAGGUGAUCGACGGGCUGGAGGACGAGAGUGGCAUUGUGGAGCUGGAGCUGCGAGGGGUGGUUUUCCCAUACCAGCCUCACCACGGCCGCUAUCGACUCAACUUCCAUGAAGCCAAGAAAGCUUGUGAGGAGCAGGACGCUGUGAUCGCGUCCUUUGAGCAGCUCUUCAAGUCCUGGGAGGAGGGGCUAGACUGGUGCAACGCCGGCUGGCUGCUGGAUGGGACAGUGCAGUACCCCAUCUCCCUGCCCCGGGAGCCCUGUGGCGGCAAGAGGCUGGCCCCUGGCAUUCGGAGCUAUGGCGAGCGCCACAAGAACCUGCACUACUUUGACGUUUUCUGCUUCUCCUCUGCUCUGAAAGGGAAAGUUUACUACCUGGUUCACCCGGAGAAGCUGACGUUGGAAGAGGCCAAGCAGGCCUGCCAGGAUGACAGGGCUGAAAUUGCCAAGGUGGGGCAGCUCUAUGCGGCGUGGAAGUUCUUCAGCCUGGAUCGCUGCGAUGCUGGCUGGCUGGCAGACGGCAGCAUCCGCUACCCCAUUGCCUUCCCCCGGCCCAACUGCGGCCCACCAGAGCCGGGGGUCCGGAGUUUCGGCUUUCCCGACAAGGGCAAGUUUGGGGUGUAUUGCUACAAGCUGAACUAAGGAAUGGGGAGGGGCCUCCCUCUUUGCCAGUGGACACUUCCCUGCCUGGUGCUGCCUGGAUUUAAAGGAUCAGGUUUCCGGGGUGUUGGGGUAUUUUUUAAUUUCAAUUUUUUUUUUUAAUUUUACAUUUUUUUCACUAAAGGGAAACUUCUUCAGGUUGCUGGGCCAUGGCGUCUCACUAAUCAGCCGAUUGCCACCUCUGCGUCUCUCUCCUGGGCUGGGAAUGGGGCACCAGAUCUCCUUCCACCCAGACAGUGGAGAGAGACUGAGAUGAUAUCUCGAGUUGGGGAGCUUGGUGUCUGCUACCAGGUGGCUCCAUCCCUUUGUCACAGGGUCAUCUAGAUAAAAAGUGACAGGCUCACACACGUCCACUUGGGCUAGACAGUCAUUUCCUAGCAGUGACGCAUCCAGGCAUCGGAGAAGCACAGAGCGCGCGAUUGGUUGAUGGCAAAGGCAGAUGCCCCCUGGACGUGCUCCAGUUUCACCGGCACCAAAGGGGAACAGCUGUUUCUAAUGCACAGACUGCUCUGCCAUCCCAUCCAAGCCAGUCCCAUCCCAGCCAGCACAGAAGGCAUCAAAUCAACUGCAAGCCGGAAUUUAGAGUAAGGCGGGUCACUCUCCCCCAUCCCCCAGUUAAUGUGAGCAAAUGAUCAACCACACACAACUGACUCACAGCUCACCGAAGUCCUUCCCCUUCCUCUCCCAAUGAAGCACAGAUGAGGUCAGAGAUAUUAGGCAUAAUUCUAAGCAUAGAGGCCCAGAGCUAACACAGCUUAGACCUCGUGCGUCCCGGGAGACUCCCUCUCUCCCCCGCCCGCCCCCCUCCAGUCCCUUCUUUCUCUCCCUUCCCUUCCUUGCAGGAUCUGGUUGUGUUUCGACUCUCUGAGACUCCAAUCUGAGGUUGGCGGUUUCCAAGGGCACUGAAAGGUGCUACUAUGUGUGUACUGGGUGGAACUCUCCGGUUUACCUGCCUUGUUCUCCAUGGGCCCCUCUCCCAGGCACCACUUGAAUCCCAGGGGCUCGGUCUUUGUGCGUUUUGUUGUGAAAAGAUGUAUUCUCCUGGACCUCUUCAAAUAAAGCAUUGGAGAAAGCCCCA